AUGCCAAGGCUGGAGGAAAGCCUUUGAACCUCGCCUGGAGAAAGAACCAUGCAGGGUACUCUAGGAGGAGGAACAGGCCCUGGGCUGUUCGCUCUGGACAGCCGGACACUCCUGAUAUGCUGCUUUAUCCUAAAUGUAGCUUGGGGCCAAAUGAAUUUCACAGGAGACCAGGUUCUUCGAGUAAUAGCCAAAGAUGAGAAGCAGCUGUCACUUCUCAGGGAUCUGGAGGGCCUGAAGCCCCAGAAGGUGGACUUCUGGCGCGGCCCAGCCAGACCGAGCCUCCCUGUGGACAUGAGAGUUCCCUUCUCUGAACUGAAGGAUGUCAAAGCUUACCUGGCAUCUCACGACAUUGCUUGCAGUGUCAUGAUAAAGGACAUCCAGGUGCUGCUGGAUGAGGAAAGAGAAGCCAUGGCGAAAUCCCGAAGGCUAGAACGCAGCACCAAUAGCUUCAGCUAUUCUUCCUACCACACUCUGGAGGAGAUUUAUAGCUGGAUUGACAACUUGGUAACUGAAAAUUCUAAUACCGUCUCCAAAAUUCACAUUGGUAGCAGCUUUGAAAAUCGGUCCAUUAUUGUCCUGAAGUUCAGCACUGGAGGUUCAAAUCGCUCAGCCAUCUGGAUUGACACUGGGAUUCAUUCCCGGGAGUGGAUCACCCAUGCCACCGGCAUCUGGUUAGCCAAGAAGAUUGUGAGUGAAUAUGGCAAAGACCAUGCCCUGACAAAAAUACUGAAAGCCAUGGACAUUUUCCUAGAGAUCGUCACCAACCCCGAUGGCUUUGCUUUUACUCACAGCAUGAAUCGCUUGUGGAGAAAGAACAAGUCAAGCAGACCUGGCAUCUUCUGCAUUGGCGUGGACCUCAACAGGAACUGGAAGUCAGGCUUUGGAGGAAAUGGUUCUAACAAAAACCCCUGCUCAGACACAUAUCAAGGGCCCUCACCUCAGUCAGAGCCAGAGGUACUUGCCAUUGUGAACUUCAUCUCAGGCCAUGGGAACUUCAAGGCUCUGAUCUCCAUCCAUAGCUACUCUCAGAUGAUCAUGUUUCCUUAUGGUUACUCUCUGGAGCCUGUGCCAAACCAUGAUGAACUGUACAGUCUUGCCAAGGAUGCAGUGAAUGCCCUGUACAAGGUGCAUGGGAUCAAGUACAUUUUCGGCAGCAUCAGUACCACCCUCUAUACAGCCAGUGGGAUCAUGGUGGACUGGGCCUAUGACAAUGGUAUCAAGUAUGCCUUCAGUUUCGAGCUCCGGGACACUGGACACUAUGGCUUCCUGCUGCCAGCCGCACAGAUCAUUCCCACGGCCGAGGAGACCUGGAUGGCGAUACAGACCAUCAUGAAACAUGCCCUGAAUCACCCCUAUUAACCCUGAUACUCAGGCCAGAGCAGUUGGGGUUCACCCCCUUCCCCAAGGCCUGGGACUCCUCCUGAGUCCCAAGUUAAGCAUCCCAUCCCCACACCCUUGUUAGGCCCCUAGGAAAUAGAUGCACGUUUGAACAGGCUUCACUGCCUCUAGUGUUGGCUACCACCUCUUUGAGCUCAGUGUCGAGGUAGGGACAGAGGCUUCCCAGGAUCCCCUAGGGCAGCUUGACAUGCCUGGGGAGACCUCUUCCCUCUGCACUGCUGCCUUCCAGAGAAAAAAGGGCCUAGCUGUGUCAUUCUCUCUCUGCUCCUCAUCCCCGGGAGCAAACUAAAUGACACAGAACUGACAUUUUAGCAUCAUCCAGGAAGGGAUCAUGAUCUAAACAUCAGAAUCUCCAAUGAUGACACCUCUGGCCCCUUGAAGGAAAAGUAGGUCCUCUCACUCCAUCUGCCUCUAGACUUGGGAGGAAGCAGAGCCACCCACUCAACACAAGCAGGGACCCAGAGUAAUUGCCUGAUGCUCACAAGCCAAGGACUUGCCCACAUUCAGAUAUGGGUCUACUGAGAUCAUUUGAGUGAGCACCUUGACUAGUGUUUCUGUCUUUUGCCUUCCCCUACCACUGGGAAACAGACUGUAGGUCUUCUAUUCUGGCCUCAGACAUGCCUUAGAAGCAGGAAGCUGACUGAACAGCUGAUGUGUUCAUCUAAGUCUGAGGCAGAAACACUAGUCUGAGAGCAAGACUUUCAUUUGUAAGACUCAGGUUGUGUGUGUUGUUGUGUAAAGAAUUCUAGAUGCCCAUGAGCCAGUCCUGAGAGGCCUGGAGAGACAGAAGAAGACAGAAAGAAGACCCCUCUUUCCAUAUAGCCUGUGAACUCUGUGGAAGGAGGUGAUCGAACCCAGACAAGGCCCAUAUCUGAUAUGGAGCCUCAGCAGUAAACUACAAAGUGGCUGAGGGAGGGGAUUAUACAGUCAUAUGACCUGGGUAUACCACGGUGGUACAGCUAUUGAAAGUGUGUGUGUGUGUGUGUGUGUGUGUGUGUGUGUGUGUGCGUACAUGCAUGUGUGUAGAGUUGGGAGAUGAAGAGACAAUACCAAGACCAAGGGCUUACACCCAGUAACGUGAUGGCAUAUUGGGCAAUGGACAGGCAAAGGCCCAGGACCAGUUGUGGAAACCCCAAAGAAAUUGGGGUAUUUAACCCCUAAAGAACCUGGAUCAUUUGCAGAGGAAGAGCUAGGAAUGGAGGGGACAGAAACUUGGUUCUGGUUCAAAUUUUCCACAAGAGACUGAGGUGGUAUUUUUUUGUUUUGUUUUUAAGCUGGAAGUGGUUUAAGUGAGCUGGAAUUUCCAACCUGAAGUUUUCUGUUAGUGGAAA